AUGCAGCAGACAUCCCCUAACUCUACCUCAAGACGUCAACACUCGGAAGAGUCAUGGAUCGAAAUAGGCUCAAGACCCUCCUCGUCCUCGCUUUCCUCCGCAAACGAAGAGAUCAUCACCACAGGAUUAAGGGUCCAGCACGAUUCAAACCAGCACAGACGGAGGCGGCGCACCCAGGCUGCAGGUCAGUUCGUGGUAGGCACCGGCUACCGUGCUACAAACACUGGCGGCGCCAGCAGUCAGGAGGAAUACGACGAGAGUGAAAGCGAGUCGGACCGGGUAAUGACAUCUUCCACGGAGGGUAUCGGGCCCUCGCCUCUGCAGAAUGAAGUACGUCGUCCAUCUCGAAGCCCAUACUCAGUCGCGUCUUCCGAAACCAUGUCCGAGCGAGAGGAUGAGGACGACGACGAGAAUGCCACGGCCGUGAACUAUCCUAGAUCAACCAGGAGACAGUUUGCUCCCCGACCCAACGCCUUCUCACACCCCGCGUCGGUGCCAGCCGUUCGCGAGGAUUCCGGGACAACAUAUGCCCCACGAAGGCCGUCUGCUCGACCGUCUUCGCAACGUCACUCCUACCCCCAACACUCUCCCUUCAACGCCGUGUCUCCACAUUACAUGCCAGAGCACGACGAGGCACUGCGAGCCAGCCUGUCGACCCUCCUUUCUGCUGCUGCAGCUGUGCGGGGCCUGCCCAAGCCAGGCCAGUCACGAACCGCCACGACCAACCAAUCCACCCGCGUAGACCCCACCUCCUUACGACUUGUGCCAGAGUCGGUAGCACUGGGGGGAGGAGUCACAGAAGAAGCGAGCAGUCAUCGCGAUUCCCCCUGUUCCUCUCCAUCAGCGCCGUCCCCACGAACCAUCAGCUCCAGUCCCUCCGACAACCCGAAACGCAAGGCCAGUCCCCCACCGCCAGCAAGAAGCAGCAGCAAGGACCGUCGAGCUACCAAGAAGGUCCGGAAGGCAGGCCCUAUGGUCGAGGAGAUCAGUCCCACGCUGCUCACCUGGGUCGUGAGCGCUGGCGUCGUGGUUCUCGUGAGUGCCCUGAGCUUCUCAGCCGGGUACGUCGUCGGCAAAGAGACGGGCCACGCGGAGGCCAUGGGACAGCUGGGCGCUGCUGGCGGCGAGGCGGGGAGGUGUGGGAAAGAGGCUGCUUCGGGUCUCGGAAAGGCCGGUAUGGGACUCAGGAGGUUCAGGUGGAGCGGCGGCAGCGGAGUCCGGGUAUGA